CGUGGUGGUUUCUUUCAUACUUCCUUUCUGAGUAUCUUCCUCAAGAUGAACAAUCAUUGGGAGUUGUGUUGGCAGUAGUAGGGUAUAGUGGUUUCCCCUGUUAAUGAAAAGUGUCGCACAGAUCUAAGGUGUAAUGGAUAGGUAACAGAGAAGACCGCUUCCCUUUCUCAGUCAGGGCUUCAGCAUGACUGAGUGCUUCCUGCCCCCCACCAGCAGCCCUAGUGAACACCGCAGGGCUGAGCAUGGCAGCGGGUUAACCCGGACCCCGAGCUCUGAAGAGAUCAGCCCUACAAAGUUUCCUGGGUUAUAUCGCACGGGUGAGCCCUCGCCUCCCCAUGACAUCCUCCACGAGCCUCCUGAUAUAGUGUCUGAUGAUGAGAAAGACCAUGGGAAGAAAAAAGGAAAAUUCAAAAAAAAGGAAAAAAGGACGGAAGGCUAUGCUGCUUUCCAGGAAGAUAGCUCUGGAGAUGAAGCUGAAAGUCCUUCCAAGAUGAAAAGGUCCAAGGGAAUCCAUGUGUUCAAGAAGCCCAGCUUCUCUAAAAAGAAGGAGAAGGAUUUUAAAAUAAAAGAGAAACCCAAAGAAGAAAAGCAUAAAGAAGAAAAGCACAAAGAAGAAAAGCAUAAAGAGAAGAAGUCAAAAGACUUGACAGCAGCUGAUGUUGUUAAACAGUGGAAGGAAAAGAAGAAAAAGAAAAAGCCAAUUCAGGAGCCAGAGGUGCCUCAGGUUGACGUUCCAAGUCUCAAGCCCAUUUUUGGAAUUCCUUUGGCUGAUGCAGUGGAGAGGACCAUGAUGUACGAUGGCAUUCGCUUGCCAGCUGUCUUCCGUGAGUGUAUAGAUUACAUGGAGAAGCAUGGCAUGAAAUGUGAAGGCAUCUACAGAGUUUCAGGAAUCAAAUCUAAAGUGGAUGAGCUAAAAGCAGCCUAUGACCGAGAGGAGUCUCCAAACUUGGAAGAAUAUGAGCCUAACACUGUAGCUAGUUUGCUGAAGCAGUAUUUGCGUGACCUUCCAGAGAAUUUGCUUACCAAAGAGCUUAUGCCCCGAUUUGAAGAGGCUUGUGGGAGGACCACAGAGAUGGAGAAGAUGCAAGAAUUCCAGCGCUUGCUCAAGGAGCUGCCAGAAUGUAACCACCUUCUGAUUUCGUGGCUCAUCGUGCACAUGGACCAUGUCAUUGCAAAGGAACUGGAAACAAAGAUGAACAUACAGAACAUCUCUAUAGUGCUUAGCCCAACUGUCCAGAUCAGCAAUCGAGUCUUGUAUGUGCUUUUCACACACGUUCAAGAGUUCUUUGGAAAUGUGGUACUAAAGCAAGUGACAAGACCUCUGCGUUGGUCCAACAUGGCCACCAUGCCCACGCUGCCAGAGACCCAGGCAGGCAUCAAGGAGGAGAUCAGGAGACAGGAGUUUCUUUUGAAUUGUUUACAUCGAGAUCUGCAGGGUGGGAUAAAGGAUUUAUCUAAAGAAGAAAGAUUGUGGGAAGUACAAAGAAUUCUGACAGCCCUCAAAAGAAAACUGAGAGAAGCUAAAAGACAAGAGUGUGAAACUAAGAUUGCACAGGAGAUCGCUAGUCUUUCCAAGGAGGAUGUUUCCAAAGAAGAGAUGAAUGAUAAUGAAGAAGUUAUAAACAUCCUUCUUGCUCAGGAGAAUGAGAUCCUGACUGAACAGGAGGAGCUCCUGGCCAUGGAGCAGUUUCUGCGCCGGCAAAUUGCCACAGAGAAAGAAGAGAUCGAGCGCCUCCGAGCUGAGAUCGCGGAGAUCCAGAGUCGCCAACAACAUGGCCGGAGCGAGACUGAGGAGUGCUCCUCUGAGAGUGAGAGUGAGAGUGAGGACGAAGAAGAGCUUCAAGUGAUUCUGGAAGACCUACAAAGACAGAAUGAAGAGCUGGAAAUCAAGAACAAUCACUUGAACCAAGCAGUUCACGAGGAGCGCGAGGCCAUCAUUGAGCUGCGAGUGCAGCUUCGGCUGCUCCAAAUGCAGCGAGCCAAGUCUGAGCAGCAGGUGCAAGAGGACGAGGAGCCCGAGAAGCGAGGGGGCGCGGGCCCACCACCCCGUGAUGGCAUCCUCGAGGUGAAAGCAGCCAAAGAGCAGCCAAAGGCAGGCAAGGAGCAGGCGAAGCCCUCGCCCAGCAAGGACCGGAAGGAGACCCCUAUCUGAGCCGAGCCGCCAAGGCCGGACUGCAAAGCCCUGUGCAUCUUACUGUAAUCUGAGAGUCGUGGGCUCUCCUGCUGUACAUUCUGUAAAGGUUCUUCUCAGACUCGCUUCCUCUUCCCACGUCUGACUUCUCCUCAGGCUCGGGUCCUGCUUGGGUGAAGCAGUGGACACAUGGGGGCGUGUAGGGGGCACAAGAGUUUUCCAGAUAGUGUCAGCUUAUUUGAAAAUUAAUUUUGUUAAAAUAACUAUUUUAACCCUUGAGUGGCUUCUUUUUAAACCAAAAAUCAUCUUUCCUUUUUUUUUUUUUUUUUUUUUUUGAUAAUCACAGCAGAAUCAGGAUCUCUUUCUCUUCCAAGGUGGGGAACCCACACCAGGGCACUGCUGUGCCUGCCUUGGGGACACUGGUUGCCAGCCCCAUAGGAUCUCUGCCACUCUUGCUUGUGCCUUUCAUACCUACUUGGUGCAGGUUGUUCAGUGGGGAGCUGCCUCAUAUUUUCUGACUGGCCAAAAUGGCUCUCACUGGGUGUUUCCUUGACCUGCCCUGUAACACUCUCCUUCUACAAUCGUAAACCAACUCUGUCAGCUUGAGUCCCCAAGAUGGCCCAGUAUGGUUGCAGACAGAGGCUGCCCGUGGAGCUUGCUCCCAGCCCCAGCAUGCAGGCCCCAGUCACUCACUGCCAGGGAGCAGCACAGGCCUUCCACUGGGUGGUCCGAGGUGGCCACUCUGACCCCAGGCAUCUACACAAAAGAUGCUUGUCAAAUCAGAAAUCUUUUACACAGCUGACCUUCCAGUAUAAACAGAAUGACUUUAAUUGCUUGCUUGGGCUAGAAUGUACAUGUGUUUUUGCCUGAAUAAGCCAUAUGUGUGCUUUUAAA